CAGACGGCGGGGCCGAGCGCGAAGAUGGCGCUGCGGCCCGGGCCCGGCGCGGGGGGCGCCGGCGGGGCGGGCGGCGGAGCGGCCGGGGCCGCCAGCUUCAUGUUUCCCGUCGCAGGCGGUUUGGGCCCCCCCCAAGGGAUGAUUCCUAUGCAACAGCAAGGGUUUCCAAUGGUUCCUGUCAUGCAGACCAACAUGCCAGGGAUGAUGGGAAUGAAUUAUGGCUCUCAGAUGCCUCCUGGACCCAUGGCCAUGCAGGGUGGCAUGGCCCUGGGGCCCAUGCCAGCAGCUGGAAUGCCCUACAUGGGACAGGCCUCCUUCCUGGGAAUGCGCCCCGCCGGCCCCCAGUACGGCCCCGACAUGCAGAAGCAGUUUGCAGAGGAGCAGCAGAAGAGGUUUGAGCACCAGCAGAAGUUCUUAGAGGAAGAAAGAAAACGGCGGCAGUUUGAAGAGCAGAAACAAAAGCUGAGACUUCUGAGCAGUGUGAAACCCAAGACAGGUGAAAAAAGCAGAGAUGAUGCUUUGGAAGCCAUUAAAGGGAACCUAGAUGGCUUUUCUAGAGACGCUAAAAUGCACCCAACACCAGCAACACAUCCAAAAAAGCCAGAUCAUCCCACACCAUCCCAUUGUGCUGUAUCUGUUUCCCAUUCUGCUUUUCUCGAUGAUGAAGAAUUUAGUGACUUUAUGCAAGGGCCUGUUGAAACCCCCAAACUGGUGCCUCAGUCCACCUCUCAGCCUUUCCAUCCUGCCUCUGAGGCUGGGCAGCUGCUUUCAGAGAGGGCUGUGCUCCAUCCUGUCCCUCCAGCCCAGGCUCCAGUGCUAUCCACCCUGCAUGGUACAGCUGGGCAGGUUCCUUAUUUUCCUACCUCUGCAUCUCCAUCCAAUACCCAUAAAACAGGCUCUUCCUUGGAGGAGAAAGCCUUAGCUAAUGGCUCAGAUGAAUCUGAACAAGAGCAAACCAAAGUUAAAACGUCCGAAGUUGGGCACAAAGCCUCGGCUGCAAGCCAAGCCCAUCCCAGUCCCACCAGCAGUGACUGGGAUGUUGUAGGUGGACAUGAAAGUGGUCCCAGUGCUGCUGCAGAGGUGCACAAGGCUUCAGAACAAAACAGAGCAGUUGAAGAGUGUGGAGUUGGAGUGUUCCCUCCCCAGGACCCCAUCCAGCAAAUGAUGCCUCCCUGGAUUUACAACGACAGCUUGGUCCCAGAGCUGUAUAAGAAAAUCUUAGAAACCACUCUGACUCCUGCUGGGAUCGACACAGCCAAGCUCUACCCCAUCCUGAUGUCCUCAGGACUGCCCAGAGAGACCCUGGGGCAGAUCUGGGCCUUGGCCAACCGCACCACGCCCGGGAAGCUCACCAAGGAGGAGCUCUACUGUGUGCUGGCCAUGAUAGCAGUGACCCAGAGAGGGAUCCCAGCCGUGAGCCCUGACGUGCUGAACCAGUUCCCGGCCGCGCCCGUCCCCACCCUGUCCGGCUUCCCGGUGCCGCUGCCCGCCGGGGUGAGCCAGCCCCCGCUGCUGCCCGCGGCUGCGCCGGCCCCCGUGGGGCUGGGCAUGGGGCCCUCCGUGAUGGGCAUGGGCAUCCCCGGCCCUGCCCCGGCCCCGGCUCCAGCCCCGGCCCCGGCUGCGGCGGGAGCAGCUCCUGCACAGCCCUCCGGAGCCUUCCUGCCCUCCUACCCGCCCGGCCAGGUAGUAAAACCAGAAGAUGAUGACUUCCAGGAGUUUCAGGAUGCCUCCAAGUCUGGCUCCCUGGAUGACUCCUUCACUGAUUUCCAGGGGGAGGCAGCCAAAGCAGCCAGCUCACAGCACCGCAGCAGCGUUCCUUCUUUACUAAUGCCACUCCCAGGUACUAAGCCACUUUCACCAGCUGACAAAUAUGCUGUGUUUAAAGGAAUGGCAGCUGAGAAGCCUUCUGAGAGUGCAGCUGCUUUUGGAGACGGAGGGGACAAGUACAGUGCUUUCCGGGAAUUAGAGCAACCAGCAGAAAGCAAAUACUUGGGAGAGAACCUUGCAGAGUUCAAGCCCACAGGAGCCGACGAUGGUUUCACAGAUUUCAAAACCGCUGACAGCAUCUCCCCGUUAGAGCCACCCUCCAAGGACAAAACCUUCCCUGCACCCUUCCCUCCUGUGCCAGCUCAGCCAAAACAGCCAACACAAGCCAAGACCCCUUUGAACCUGGCAGACUUGGAGCUCUUUUCCUCUCCUGGAGAAAACAAGCAGCCAUCCUUCCCACCUGCAUUCAACACCUCAAAGCCGGGCUCCUUUCCCCCUCCACCCCUUCCCUCAGCCUCUGCCCAGCCAGCACCCAGCAAAACUUCAAGCUUAGCUGAUGACUUUGGAGAGUUCAACCUCUUUGGGGAAUUUUCUAACGGCGCAUCAGCCAGUGGACAAGAUGACUUUGCAGAUUUUAUGGCGUUCAACAACAGCGGCGGCUUUUCCGAACAAAAACCCGAGGACAAAUACAAUGCACUGAAGCUGGAGGGCAGCCCUGGUGCUCAGGCUGGCUCCUCAGGCAGCACAGUGAAGGGUGGGCAGAGCUCUGCCACCACUGCUACGCCCACCAAGUACGACAUCUUCAAGCAGCUGUCCCUGGAGGGCCCCGGGGCGGCCUUCGAGGAGGGCAAGGACGGCGCGCUCUCCUCGGCCAAGAGCGACGAUGACUUUGCUGACUUCCACUCCAAGUUCUCUUCCAGCGGCGCCGAGAAGUCGCUGGUGGACAAGGUGGCAGCUUUCAAGCAGGCCAAAGAAGACUCUGCUUCGGUGAAAUCCCUGGACCUGCCUUCCAUCGGCGGCAGCAGCGUGGGCAAGGAGGACUCCGAAGACGCGCUGUCUGUUCAGUUUGACAUGAAACUGGCUGAUGUGGGAGGAGAUCUUAAGCAUGUCAUGUCUGAUAGCUCUUUGGAUUUGCCAACAGUUAGUGGCCAGCAUCCACCAGCAGCAGAUGUGGAUGACUUUAAGGGCGGCCCGUUUGGAAGCUGUGCUGGUGGCUCUGCACUCGGCAGCCUGGCGAGCUCCGACAGGGACCUGCAGGACAGGGACAGGGACAGGAGGCUCCCCUGCGCCGCCACCGCCGUCCUGCAGAAGAAGGAGACCUUCUUUGGCAGCUCAGAGAACAUCACCAUGACCACGGUUUCCAAAGUGACCACCUUCUCCAGCGAGGAUGCUCUGCAGGACGUUCCCUUCGCGCCCUUUGCCAACUUCAAGGACUCGGGGCCGGUGUCCGGUCCUGGUGACGACGACCUCGGGGACUUUGGGGACUUUGCCAGGCUCCCCUCGGAAGCUCAGGAUGCAGCAGCAGCUGACACAGCCCUGGGCAAUGAUUUCCCCGCUGGAGCCUCCCCUGAGCUGCGCAGAGAGGCCACGGAUGACUUUGGGGAGUUCCAAAGCGAGAAACCAAAAAUCAGCAAGUUCGACUUCUUGGUGGCCACUUCCCAGGGCAAGGUGAAAUCCAGUGAGGAGAUGAUCAGGAGUGAGCUGGCCACCUUUGACCUGUCUGUGCAAGGGUCUCACAAGAGGAGCCUGAGCCUGGGGGACAGAGAAAUCAGCCGCUGCUCGCCCCUGGCAGCCCUGGAGCAGCCCUUCAGGGACCGCUCCAACACGCUGAGCGAGAAGCCAGCCCUGCCCGUCAUCAGGGACAAGUACAAGGACCUCACGGGGGAGGUGGAGGAGAGUGAGAGGUAUGCCUACGAGUGGCAGAGGUGCCUGGAGAGUGCCCUGCAGGUCAUAAAGAAAGCCAACGACACCUUAAAUGGAAUCAGCAGCUCAUCUGUGUGCACUGAAGUCAUCCAGUCUGCCCAAGGCAUGGAAUAUUUACAGGGGGUUGUUGAAGUCUACAGAGUCACAAAGAGGGUGGAGCUGGGCAUCAAAGCCACUGCAGUGUGCAGUGAGAAGCUGCAGCAGCUGCUGAAGGAUAUUGAUAAAGUGUGGAACAACCUGAUCAGCUUCAUGUCCCUGGCUGCUCUCACGCCAGAUGAGAACUCCCUGGAUUUCUCCUCCUGCAUGCUGCGCCCCGGCAUCAAGAACGCGCAGGACCUUGCCUGUGGGGUGUGUCUGCUGAACGUGGAUUCCAGGAGCAAGAAAGAAGAGAAACCUGUGGAAGAGCUUCCCAAAAAAGCCUUUAAUUCAGAGACAGAUAACUUCAAGCUGGCAUAUGGAGGGCACCAGUACCACGCCAGCUGUGCCAACUUCUGGAUCAACUGUGUGGAGCCCAAACCCCCGGGUCUCAUCCUGCCAGACCUGCUCUGAGAGCAGCUGCACUGCAGGUGGAGCCUUGGGCUCCCCCUGCAGCACCUGGGGUAAUGCUCUGCUGGAGGCCAGCCUUUCAAACCUUUGGGGUUGAUUUUUGGUCCAAAAAUCAACAGAUUAAAGCCACUGUUACAGAUGGGGAAGAAUUCACUUGUAAUGGCCAAGGUUUCAGGAAUAACUGGAUAAUAUAUAGUAUGGCAAAAAAAGAAAAAGAGUGGCAUUUCAGUCUUUGUGAAGAUGCAAACGUUAUCCUGUGCAAAAGCAGCCUGGGAACCAUGUGCACAAAGCUGUGCAUGGGAGAGGCCAGCAUGGAGCUUCCCUGAGAGCCUGGGGUGCUGGGCUGGUUUGCAUACAAACACCCACUGUAAUACUUGAAGUCUGCAUUUGCAAGCAAAUCUUUUCCUUACCGUUUUUGGGACCCAGACCUUGAUGUUCUGUAAGUAUUUGCUGCUGUGAUAUCACAGCACAUGAAUCACACAGCAUCCAGGCAGGAUGAAUUAUUGACUCAGGAGAAGCUGCUGGGUGCUGGUGCUUGCACUGCUCUGUGCUGGAAGUUGUGCUGGAUGCAGAACUGGUCAGUGCUGGAGGGUGAGGACUGGAAAACUGCUGGAAUUUUCCCUGUGCUGUGUGCAUUCUGGAGUGCAGGCAGCUGGAAUUUCAAACUCCACUCUUUGUUGUAAAUACAGAUAAACUUCCCUGGCUCUGUGCUGAGCUCCAGGCAGGGUUCUGUCUCUCCUGACCCUUUGGGAGCUGUGUGGCUGCAGCAGUGCUGAGAGCUGGGCUCUGCUGAUGCAGCACAUCUGUGCUCUGGAGGUUCUUUCCCUUUUUUGGCUGUGGAGAUGCUGUUCCUGCUGGGAUGGGAUGGGAUGGGAUGGGAUGGGAUGGGAUGGGAUGGGAUGGGAUGGGAUGGGAUGGGAUGGGAUGGGAUGGGAUGGCUCUGUGUGAUCCUGCAGUCUGUGCUACCUGUAGCAACGUGUUCUGUGACUCACAGCUGGCUCCUGCAGCAGGGAGUGGGAUUGAACAGCCAGAGGGAACCAGCCCUGGAAUCUGGUGGUCUCAGCAAGCUGUGCUUGAACAGCCAUUGUGUCCCUGCUGCUUUGUGCCUCUCUGGACAGGUUUGUGUCACAGACUCUCACUAAAUGUCACCUGGUUCCUCCUUCAGAUCCAGUAUCCAGAGGACAGUGCAGGCAAUGAAGUGCUGGUUACAGGAUUUAAACCUGGGGCAGCCUCAUGGUGUUACAAGAGCCAUCCCACCCCCUGUCUGGGGCUGCAGGGAAUGCAAUGGGCUGUAAAUCCAUAGGGUGCAACUCUCUCCUUAAUUCCUUGGCUUAGUCUCUCACAUCUGUUCCUUUCCUCCAGCCUCUCCAAGCUAAUCCUGCCCCCAUUACCAGUACCUGACACUGACCUGUGGUUAUUUGCUGAAACAGAAAUUACAAUGAGGAAAACGAUGCUUUGUAUUUAAAAAACAAACAGGCUUAGUUAUAUGAAACUAUUAAUUAGCCCAAAUGAAAGAAUCUUGGCUCAGAGGUGUCUGGCUCCUUCCUUACACCAAUUACAAUAAAUCUCCUUGCUGCCUCAAAUUAGCUCAUUCAUGAAAUGCAGCCCCGUGUGCCUGCAGCUCCAGCUGAUCCAGAGGCAGAUUUCCCGUGCUCUGCUUCCCACAUCCUGCCCAGCAAUUUCCAAAAAUGCAGGAAGACAGCUCCUUGCUUCUCUCCCUUUGUUUUAUCAGGUGGGAAGGAGCUGCAGCAGCCCAGCUUGUGCCCACAGCCCUUGUGCAGCACAGUGAGGUGCUGUGCCCUCAGCAGUGUUCCCUCAGCAGCCUGGGGACAGGGAGAGGCUGGUGCUGAGGGAAUGCUGUGUUGGGAAAUGGGAUUUUAUGUCAGCCACCAGCACUUUGCUAGAGAGGAUUUUGUCCCCCUUAAUUGAAAGAAGAUGCCACAAAUAAGAGGCCAUGGUGUGAAGCUGUCACAGGGGCGUUUCCAUGCUGGUUUUUCAGCACCUGUCACCAGCUCAGCCCCUCUCGUGUCCUUUGGCCCAUGAAAAAGGGAAGGACAUUUCCAGUUCCAGCUGCAGCAGAGCUCACUGCAGGGUGGUGGCACCAUCCUGUCCUUGUGGGGCAGGGAUGCUGCUCCCAGCUGCAGCCCUGGGCACACAGGGAGGGUUUGCAGGGAGAUCCCUGGAUGGAGGCAUGGCACAGCAGGACCAGCUGCAGAUCCCAGCCAUCCCAGUGACUCCCUGGAGCAUUGGAGCCUGGACAGAGGCACAGCAGGACCAGCUGCAGGUCCCAGUGACUCCCUGGAGCAUUCAGCAUCCUCGGGUGCCGCUGCCAGCCAGAGCCCAGUGUCCUUCCAAGCUGUCUCCAAGGUGACAGGAUUGUCACAGCCCACCUUCCCUCUGCCUGGGCCCGAUUUCAGACCUGUAACUCCUUUUCCUGCAUGGAUUCUCUCACUGGAGAAGAGAAAUGAGGUUUUGUUUGGUUUUUUUUAGCUAGAUAAAAGGGGCUGCCUUGGCGUGACCUGUGCAAAGUGGGGUUUCUGUCUCUGUGUGUACAUUUGCAGCUCUGAGGAUUUAUUUGCUCAGUUAUUUAACGUAUUUAUGGCUUAACCCCGUUGUGUUCCUGGUGCUCCCUGCCCUGGCAGCUCCCCCUGGUGCUGGGGCUGCUCCAGCCUCUGCCCUGCCCUCCCUCCUGGUGUUGGCUGUGUCCCUGCAGUGGCCCUGGGAUGUCACUGUGCCCUGGCACUGUCACCUGUGCCCUCUCCAUUCAUUCCAGACCUUUCCUGGCUGGGUUUGGUGUUGGUGUGAGUCCCUGCAGCCCUGGGAUGUCACUGUGCCCUGCCAUUGUCACCUCCUGCCUUCUCCAUUCAUUCCAGACCUUUCCUGGCUGGGUUUGGUGUUAUUGUGAGUCCCUGCAGUGGCCCUGGGAUGUCACUGUACCCUGCCAUUGUCACCUCCUGCCCUCUCCAUUCAUUCCAGACCUUUCCUGGCUGGGUUUGGUGCUGGCUGUGAGUCCCUGCAGCCCUGGGAUGUCACCUGUGCUGUGGCAUUGUCACCUCCUGCCCUCUCCAUUCAUUCCAGACCUUUCCUGGCUGGGUUUGGUGUUGGUGUGAGUCCCUGCAGUGGCCCUGGGAUGUCACUGUGCCCUGCCAUUGUCACCUCCUGCCCUCUCCAUUCAUUCCAGACCUUUCCUGGCUGGGUUUGGUGUUAUUGUGAGUCCCUGCAGUGGCCCUGGGAUGUCACCUGUGCUGUGGCAUUGUCACCUCCUGCCCUCUCCAUUCAUUCCAGACCUUUCCUGGCUGGGUUUGGUGUUGGCUGUGUCCCUGCAGCCCUGGGAUGUCACUGUGCCCUGCCAUUGUCACCUGUGCCCUCUCCAUUCAUUCCAGACGUUUCCCCUGCAGCAGCUGCUCCAGGCUGGGCUGGUGGGAGCAGCUCCUGCCCUGAAUCCCUGCAGAGGCUCGGGGUGAGGGGCUGAGGUUCAGCCCAGGCUGAGCAGGAGCCCCUGCACACCCAAGGGCUGCUCAGAGCCCUGGCAGCUGCACUGGGAACCAUGAACUUGAAACAAAACCUCUCUUUCCAAUAAAGCUGCUAUUGUACAAACUGCUGCUUUGGAUUUGCUUUUGAUUCUGCACCUGUAUUUAAUUCCAGUUCUCAGUGUUAAAAUAGGAAUGUCAUAAUUUUAUGAAGGAGAGCAAUCAGAAAAGUUCUCUUUCUAUUGUGAUUCUUCUCCUGCCCUCUGGGCAAAUGUUAUUUUGCUUCCAGAAGUGGUUUUGUGAUUAUUAUUUGGAGCUGUUUGGGUUUGUGCUGUGCUGGAGUUGCUGCUGAUAUUUUAAAUCCAGUGAGAAUAAGUGUUAUUAAUUGACUUUAGUACCUUGUUUACUCCCUUAAUUCCUGCAAUGAUUUAUAAAUCCUGUGUUGAGAUUCAAACCUGGUGUUCAAUAAAAAGCUCGUUUCAUAUCUGA